GAAACGGAGUGGUUAUAACAAGGUCAUUCUUCCUGUAGGCCUUGAGCUUACCAGCUAUGCAGGCCUUUGUCCCGAAGAACCGGAGACCUAAAUUCGAAUUGGUGUUGAGAAUUAUCGAUCUCAACAAUGUACCCCUCGUGAGCGGCACGGCAUUCGUCAAGUGGCGCCUUCCUUCUGGAAGUGCGCCCGAAAACCAUGGUCAUACCGACAAAGCGGUCAUCAUAGACCAUCGAGCGUAUUGGAACUACGAGAAGGUCUUACAAGUCCGACUGACGAUUGACCGGAGCCAGACGCUCCACGAGUGCGAAUUAUACUUUGAGAUCAUACAAGAGUUUGCGUCAGGGGGGAGCAAUAAUGAGAAGAGUCUGCUGGGAAAGAUCAGACUCAAUUUGUCUGAAUAUGUCGACAAGAGUGAUGACGACGAGGGCAUUGUCAGGCGCUACUUGAUGCAGGACAGCAAAGUCAACAGUACGCUCAAAGUAGGAAUCGCUCUACGCCAGGUUGAAGGGGAUCGGAACUUUGUCACGCCACCUCUCAAAUCGGCCAUGGUUUUCGGUGGGAUCGCAGGCGUUGUCUCCACCGAACAAGGCGAGCACGACGACCUUGGCAGACUACCGUCCAUCAAUUCCCAGAGUCGCGAGGUCACUGACAUGCAGGACAUGUACCGCCGCACCCUGGCUGCUUCCUGGAACUCGCGGGCCGAUGACCUACCGGCGGACAAGCUGAUUGAGGCAUUGUUCUCUGGGAGCAUCAGCUGGGCGGAUAAUCAACACUCACAGUCCGAAAACCCGACCGAACACCACUCCGACCGACUAUCCCCAUACAGUCGGACCGGCGCAAGACAAGCUUCGACGGAAAAUCGUUUGUCGCCUAGUAGUUUCGAGAAGCGACCUCGGAGCUCAUCUAGUAACCACUUCCGAAACGAACUAAAGGUGUCAGAGACAGCACCCAGGAUGGACCAUACCAGGAAAGACGGAAGCAUUGAAUCACAGCUUCACGACAAUCCGAAAGGAAAGAGUUGGAAGAGUCGCAAUGUCGACCACGAAUUAUCCGAGUUCGAUGUGCGCGAGGACCUUCGAAGUUGGGAGAUUACGAGCAAGGAAUCUUCGAAAGGGGUUGUGUCACUCCUGAACCAACCGCUGCGCCCACAAUGCGGAACACGAAUCGCUUCAUUGCGCAGGCGCAAUGUUAUUGCUCGAUGUGAAUCCACCGCCACCACCGAUUCCACCACCGAUCCGGAGCCACGAAAACAUUCGGACGAUGCGGACGAGAAGAAGUGGUUCGAUAAAACGGAUGAGGAUGAAGACGUAUAUAUACGUCGUCGGCAAGGCCACAUGAACCGCGUGCGUCGCAUUUUGAACCAGCGCGAUGAAGAGCAAAAGAGGCAAGAAAGGAAGAACAACUGGGCAGUACCAAUUUCGGUGACCACUCUGGGAAACCCAGGUGAAGUCGUGGUUGUCAAGGACCGCAAGCGACGCCGAAGACGUCUUCCAAAGAUUGAAACAAAAACAAGCGAAACCGAAUCAUCUCAUUUCUUGUUGAAGGAAUUGGAGAAGGACGCCGCAUAUGCCGAUGAGGACCUUUAUACGUCUCAUAUCGACGAACUACGCUCAUCUUACCAACCACGAGCCAAAUUGGCCUUGUCUGAUUGGAAAGAUCUUAGAUUCAACCUCCACACGUCGUUCACGGCUGCGCAACUCCAUGAUUAUAUUAGACGAGCGAGCGAGGAAAAAGAUCGAAUCGCAUCUCAGGGUGGCUCUGGAAACAAGGAAUGGGUACCUGGAGUGGUGAAUCUCAUGGAGACAGAACCGAAAAUUGCUUCUGAUCGUACUGGAGCACUACAAGGAUUGAAGGGAAAGCCCCUGCUAGCUGAGAGGAUCCUCCGGGAUUAUUGGCAUCUGAGUGUCGAAGGCGAGCUCGGCCAGCUUGAUGUCCCUUUGCCUGACACUACGCUAUCUUCGCUUCUGAAUGCCCAGAACUUCUCAUUCGAGGAGCUUGCUGUUUUACACGAUGUCAAACUCGAUCUCUCUCAGGUGCUGGGCGUCUUGAGGAUUACCGGACGGCAGGAGGCUUGUGAAUCGAUCCGGGACAUCGUUCGUGACGCCGCCUCCAGAAUACGCGAAGAAGUCAUCACAUUGCCCGCAAACGAGAGCGACGUAACAUCCAAUGUUCGCGUCAAAAAUCCCGACUUCUUGUCUUGGACGACCAAGACUUAUGGAGCAACUUUCGACGAGACAUCACGAGCUCCCAAGCGGAUGUUCUAUCUUGCAGAAAACAAGCAACACGCGGACGAGGCUCACAGGACGUUACAGCUCGCAUGGCACAGCCAAAACAGGCCCCCUAUCCCGUUCAGUACAUACUUGCCCGCUGCUGAGACAGCCAACAUCAACAAUGUUGAUCCUGAGCUCAACACGUCAUGGUUUGAUCGACGGCACUCGUGGUUCAGAUGGGCUAUACCACCUGAGGUUGGUCAGAUUUUGACGACCAGCUCCCUGCUAGAAAGACGUCAAUUCUUCAAUAAGCACCAAAGCCGCCUAUCGAACGUGCUUCUUAAGCUGCUUCGAAAUUCGAACUUCAACAGAACUACUGACGCAGAGAUUCCGACCGAUGCCCGUGAAUCCGUUACCGCGGCUGUUGGCAAAUGUCUUUUCCUCCGCAAGCCUUCCCUUGACGAGACAUUAGUCAGCGCUCCUCAACUUGGCAGAAUGUCACUCCCACGCACAUUUACCACAGAUAUACCUCGUGCGGCACCGUUUUUGAACACUCUGGUACCACGAAAGGCAGACGAGCAGCAGGCGCACCGUAUCCGAUUAGUCCCUUCAGCUCUCAAUGCCCAUGUCUUCCCACAGCUCGAGGUGGAAGUCACAACCAACAGCUCCAGGUCUCCGUUUUAUACCGGUCCCGAAUUUGCUCUGCAAAGUGCUAAGGUGGUCCUGUCCGAAAGUAAACUCGAUUUCCUUCUUCCAGAGAAUGGGCUCGAUCUCCGGUUCAGCCGACGCCUUACCCACGAGCUGCCAAUGGACUUUGACGCCAAUCCCUCGCUCGGCGCACUCGAGGAAAGCCUGCGAGGAGUUUUCGCCCAGUCUCUCGAAUCUAACAACAGCGAAGUGCCCCUUCCCACCUUCACCCAGAUCUCCCUUCCCCGCAGCCUUCUGGGCAAGUCAGCCCAGGUCCACGAUUUGGAUAGUGAAGCCGUGACAUCAGAUUACAUCUUCCUCCCCGUGAACGACGUCCGAGGCACUCGGGCUCACCAGUACGAUUUUGGCGGCCAGCUGCUCAAUUAUUCGUACUACGAGAGUGGACCGUUCUUGCCGCACCGCAUCACCGAAAUCUUCUUGCACAAGGAUAUCGCGAGCGCCAUCUCGACAUCAUCGGAUUCUGCCGCGGCUGAUCUUGCGGUUGAGGAUGGAUUCCAUGAAUUUUACAAGUCGGCCUGUAAUUUGGCGUUUGACUUGGACAUGGCCCGGCAGACGGAGGCCGGCUUUGAUAUUUCGGAGGCGGUCUAA